CCCUUUCAGGCUGUCCUGCCACAAGUCUGUGAUCUCGCAGAUGAGGCAGCGGACUUUGGGCAACAGUGCGACCCGCCUUCGCAAACAGCUGAUGGAGGACCACACAGAGACCUGGAUGUCCUGCACUGCAACGUACCUCGGGGUGCUGAAGAAGCUGGGCGUAGCGGGUGCAGCAGUCAAGCCGGUGACUGUCCCACCCCUGCACCCGGUGCCCACCGUGGGCUGGCUCCUCUCCGUCUUUGUCAGGGACGCCCUGUCUAGGCUGGAGGCGACCAAGGCCAGGGUCACGUCUAUCUUCGGCAACAUUCUGAAGAUGGAAUCUACAAAGAAGAUGACCUCCAAGCUGGCUGGCAAAGCUGCGGGCACUGCAGCGUGGGUGACAAACGUGGGCAACGAGUACGGACAGGUGCUCAUGUCCGUCCUCACGGCUGCAGAGGGGGAUGGGCUUUUGCCCAUGGCCGCAGGGCUGAUGCGGCGGUACCGAGAAGCCCAGGUGGCCCCUCCAGCGGUGCUGUACGUGGGCCGUGACUGCUGCUCCCUCACUGGACGGACGGGCACAUCCGCCAUGUUCUCCGAGUGGGACCAGCUGGUGGUGAGGCUGGACGUGUGGCACCUCAUGCGACGCUUUGCCAGAGGUGUCACCACUGAGAGCCACCAGCUGUACCCUCAGUUCAUGGCGCGGCUGUCCUACGCCAUCUACAUGUGGGACCAGGACGACCUGGCUCUGCUGGAGAAGGCCAAGCGCGCAGAGGAGGGCAGAGAUUCCUACAUCCGUCUCUCUGCCAAGGAGCUGGCGCGUCACUGCCGCCGCUACACGCGCGGCGCGGCAGAGACAGAGAGGCUGAUCCAGGAGCUCCUGGAUCAGUUCUGGGACCUGCGAAACGAUCUGGGCGUCAUCCUCAUCGAUCAUGAAAGGAUGGAGGCGAUUUGGAGCGUGCAGCGUCGUCACCUGAGCUGCAUCCAGGAUCCCCCGGGAGUGGCGCUCUACACUAAGACGGGGGAGCUGACCAAGGGAGGGAUCCGGCUCCCCGUCUACCGCUGCGCCCGAGGAUCCACUUCACUGGAGUCCUUCCACCUUCACCUGAACGGCUUCAUACCUGGCACGUCAGCCAGUGCCCUGCACUUUCAGGUGUACUUGCUGGAGGGCCUGGUACGAUGGAAUGAAGACCGCGGCAGAGCUUCAGUGGAAGGAGCCCAGAGGCUGGUCCCGCGCUGCUACGAUGCCCUGCUGCAGGAUUACCUAAAGCGGCUGACCCAAGAGUUUAUGGGUAUGACGCUGGUGGAGACAUACACCCAGCCUGGAGAGUACACAGGUGAGCUGAUUGGGGUGGAGUACCUGUUUUCCCAGACGGGUGCCGUGCUGGAGGAUUUGGGCCGGGAUCCAGACGCUCCCGACGGCCUGGAUGAGGCUGACGUGGAGGUUGUGGAUGAUGAUGAGGGGGAGGAGGACGAGGGGUUUGGGGAGCUGCAGGACAUGCAGUUUCUGCAUGACCAGCCUGCUGCUGCUGCUGCUGCUGCUGCUGCUGCUUGUUCAGCUGACACCGACCCCGUCUCACGGGAAAAAUCCGCUGUGGAGACGGGAAUGGAUGUCGCAGAGGGUGACGGCCCUGAUGCACUUGGCCCAGAUGGGCGUAGCGGGUACCAGCACGUCACCGCUCUGGCCCACGCCCUAGUAGAGCUGCGUCAUCACACGUAUGCGACGCAGCUAAAGGCCAGAGAGAUCAUCGCCUUGUGGGAGAAGCUGCUGGAUCAUGACAAGGAACCAGUUGCCUUCCCCCCGCGCCACCAGGAGCGGUUGGUGACAGGCCGCUUUAAGAGCUUGCGGUCCAGCAGAAUUCCCGGCGUGGACAGCAUGCAGCGUUCCUUUCUAGGCAAAGGUGCGGGCGCUGCUCAGUCCCCUAAAGUCAGCAGGCUGGUGGAGGCCAUCUUCAUGAAGCUGUGUAACGUCCACAGUGAGGGACGUUCACUGGGCGGGGUCCAGGACAGUCGCUGGGGUUCCGUCCUGAGGGACUACAACACCAUCCGGGACGUGUUGUUUGUUUUUAUCCAGGCACACAGAGAGGAGCAAGGGAAUGAGCACCACCUUCCUCCUCAGUACUGUCCCCGGACCAGGUGGACCUGCUGCUGGUACUCAGGGUGUCCCAUCACAGUCUCGGAAGGUGAACCCUGUGCUACCUCAGAGGCUGUUGCAGCACCCUCAACCUGAAGACCCCUCAGGGCUGGCAACCACACACCGUGGGCCUGUGGCACCGGCCCUGUAUGCCCUGAUCGUCUUUCCUGCCAUGACCUCUGCAGCCUCCACCACCAUCACUGCUUCUCCUGACACAAUCACCACUAUCACCCACCAUGCCAUCUCCAUCACCGCUGCUGCGCCUGCUGCUGCUGCUGCUGCUGCGCCUGCUGCUGCUGCUGCGCCUGCUGCUGCUGCUGCUGCUGCUGCUGCUGCUGCUGCUGCUGCUGCUCCUGCUGCACCUGCUGCUGCUCUUGCUGCCGCCGCCGCCGUUCCUCGCUCCACAGCCUGGCAGAGGAGGAUUAGAGAGGAGGAGCUGCGUCGUCAGCGAGAAAGGGGUCUCCCUCUUAAAGAGAGGAAGAUCUUUACACACUUCCGCUGUGGCCGCUGUGGUCAGCCCAAGACCAAACAGUAUGGCCACAGCCGCUACAGGGGAGAGUUCUUCUGUGCCACAUCGGAGGGUCGCUCUGUGGAUGACUGGUUGAAAGAGAAGAGUCGACUGGACCCGAAAUACCAGCAGCCGCGCAGGUGUGACUCUGUGGGGGGCAGGUAGGAGCCCCAUAAAGGCUGCCUGGAUGAGGCUGUUGGUCUCGUCAAGGUCUAGUCUCAGGCUGCAACAACUUUGGGGAAGUCCACAAAAAAGAAAUGGAAAACUUUGGAAGAACAGCACCUUUGAUAAAACACAUAGAGAGAAAAAGGAGCCAGGAGUAUACAGAAGAAACAUCAAGGGUAUCUUCUGAGGACGAAUCCCUUGCCUGGCACUCCCCAUGGAGAUCAUCAUCCUCCUCACCCGCCACAAGCACUGCCAACAUUGCUUUUCCAGUGGCUGCCACCACCGCUGCCACCACCGCUGCUUCACUACAAGAAUAUGCUGCAACUACUGAUUCACCAAAGGGUGCUGGGGCCGCAGCCGCCGCAGCCGCCGCAGCCGCCGACGCUGCCGCCACCGCUGCGUCAACUGCUGCUGCCGCUGUGUCAGACAUGGCCACUGCCGCCACCAAAGCUGUGGCAGCAGUCGCCGCCGCUGCUACAACCGCUGUCUCGGCAGCCGCCACCGCCGCUGCCUCAGCUGCCUCGGCAGCCGCCACCGCCGCUGCCUCGGCUCCCUCGGCUCCCUCGGCUGCCUCGGCUGCUGCCGCCACCGCUGCUUCCUGUACCCGCCACAGUGGUCCAUCACGGAUGACUGUAUGGAGAAGAAAGAAGGCAAAACAGGAGGAUGCAGAAGCCUUAAAAAAGGAGGAAGGGCGCCAACAACAGCGCCAAGAGGAGCCCCAAGAAGAGCUCCAAGAGGAGCCCCAAGAGGAGCCCCAAGAAGAGCUCCAAGACGAGCCCCAAGAGGAGCCCCAAGAGGAGCCCCAAGAAGAGCGCCAAAACCAAUGCCGACAUUGUGGACUUCCCAGGACCCUGUUGAAGGGGCAUGCCUUUUACAAAGGGCAUUUCUACUGCACACACACUGCAGGACCUGGGGCAAAGUCUGCCAAUGAGUGGCUGAAGGAGCAGGAAGAAAAGGAAGCACCAAAAAUUCCCAGGACAACUGCCUUCACCAUGAGGAAAAAGUGGGAGAAUGAGCACAGUUUCAAAUCUCCAAAAAACAGAAGGAAGCCGAAUAAACUUAGAAUCUGCCAGCUGUGUGGCCUGCCAAAGCAGAAAGAUUAUGGCCACAGCCAGCACCAGUAUGAACACUUUUGUGCUCUUUACGCUGGCAAAUCUGUAGAGUUGUGGCUGGCAGAGAGGAGGUGUAUGGAGUCACCCACCACAUAAUUACUGGUGUCACUCUGUGUGUGUGUGUGUGUGUGUGUGUGUGUGUGUGUGUGUGUGUGUGUGUGUGUGUGUGUGUAAAUAAUCAUGUUAAUUCAAAGUUUAUUUUAGCAUUCAUCGCUUGAAAGUCAAAUGUUAGUAGUAGUAGUAGUAGGAAAGAAGUGACCCUCCACCGCAAUAUUGCUUGUGUCAUUAUGUUGUGUGUGU